UUUACGACAAAAUUGUAGAUUUUUCGCGACAUAACUUUUAGGAUCUGUAAUAUAUAAAAAUUUAAGCCUUAGUCUCCCAAAAUGGAACCAUUUACUAAUCUUCACUACUGUCUGAAGUAUCGACGAGUCGACAUAUUCUAAUAUCAAGAUAAUGAUAUAGGCCUAUUAUAAUUGCUAAAUAUUGCAGAAAUAUCACAUCUUCAAAUGUCCCGAAUAUUACGAUCAUCACAAAGACUAGAUUCUUCCGAAGAUACAAGUAGCUCUUCACCAAAAAGUAACUUAGUUACAAUACAUAAUGAAAGCAUACCGUCAUUAAAAGUAACUAUAAAUCUACAGCCUUCUAUUUUACGAUUUAUCAGCUUAAAAAAUGAAUUUGACACUAUAGUAAAAAGGAGCCAAACUCCAGAUUAUAAAUAUUCUACAUCAAAUGACAAGCAUCCACCUAAUACAACACAAGAAAAGAUACGAUAUCAAGAUCCAGAAGAAAAUCACGAAGAAGAUAUUGUAGUUAAUAAUCACCAUAAUUCUAUCCCAAAAAUCCCCAACGUAGAUGAUGAAGAAAUAUCUGAAGAUCCCUUUUCUUCAGAUGAUGAAAUAUUCCAAUUAGAAAGUGAAAUAAAUAGAGCUUUAUCUUCAAAUGUUACUUAUUUCCAAUCAUCUAAUGAAGUUAAGCCAUCCACCACCAAAUCUCAGCCUGCAUCAUCACCAAUACAAUCUCAAAGGCAAGUUAUUCCACCCCCACCUCCUCCACCUCCACCAAAAUCUAAGGAACCAGAUUUGUCUGCCUAUAAACCUGUUCCACCAAAUAUAAAACCUCUUCUACAGGUAGAAUUAGGUAGAUUAAAUGCAUUUAAUGAAGGUGACCAAUCUCAGUCAACUGAAGACGAAUUAUUAGUGGCUGAGAAAUUGAUAUUCACAUUAAAGGACCCUUUGAGUGCAACUAAAAUUAAAUUACCAAUUAAAUCAAGAUUCUGCAUACAUUUUGAAUGUUUUGACUUUGACACGUUUUGUAUAUUUAAUAAAAUACCUUUCCAUAUACAAUCCUUAUUAAAGCAUGAUUUAUCAAAGAAGAAUCUUUUAAGAAAGAAAUAUGCCCAAGCCGCCAAUAAUAAAAACAACAAUAGUUCAAGAAAUGUCAAUGGACAACAUAAGAAUCAAAAUUCUCGUGAUCAUCGAACUUCGCUGAACUUGAAUCCACAUACUUCAUUGCCACCUCCGGGUAUAUUAUCGCUGGCUUCAGAUUACGUUCGACUAAUUGAAAAUCCAGUUUCUUCUAUACCGAUUAGAAAUUUACCACCACCAUCUCCAUCAGUUCCCGUAUAUAAAUGUCCAUUAUGUGAUACCAAAUUUUAUCUUAAUGAUUUACUAAUUAGUGACUCAUACAAUUAUUUUGUUAAAUCGACUCCUAAGGAAACAGAGAAAAUUGAAUUAUUUGAAAUGAGAUUGUAUAAGAUCAUAGAUGACUCUACAACAGCCAGUAAACGAGCUUCCGAAGGUGUAGAGGACGAAAACAUUAUAAUUUUAUCUGACGAUGAAGAUGAAGAUGAUGACGAUAGACCAUUAGCCGCUGUAAAGCGAGAGACCAAGUCAGCCCCAGUUCAGAGAAAACCAUAUUACAAUGACGAUGAAACUGACGAGUUUAACGAUAGCUUAGACGAGGAACUAUUGGCUCUAGGAAAUGCUUAUUUUAAUCCUCUUCAAUCUGGAAGUAAUCCUAGUUUAAAUAAAAAGUACUCUGCAGGUAAGGGUAUGGGUAGUUGGGAUGAUCCAGUAACAUUAGAUUAGAGUAGUUUAUAGUAUCAUUAAAUUUCCUUUUUAAGAUUUGUAAAUAUGCUCGAUAUAGAAGAGUCAAUUACGAGUUGCCCUAAAAAAUUAGGGCAUAAUGG